AAGUAAAAGAUCUCCUGUAAAAAUUUUUCAAAUCAGAAAAAAAAAUAUUUUUGACUUAUAAUUUUUCAAGAAGGUUAACACAUUUAUUUCAUAUCGCACUAUAGAUAUAUACGGACAUAAAAAUGUUUAACAUUCAAUAUAUUCGCUUUUAUUUAAUCGCUAUUUUGAUAUGGCAUAGCCUUUACACCGAUGCGUACUAUUAUUGUGAUAAGGAGAGUAAAUUAUGUGGCACUAGAAAGCAUUUCAUGUGUGAUCCGGAUGCUGUGCAAAGGCGAUGUUCUUGGUCUUUUGCCAUUGACAGGCUCAAUUAAACGUCGUUAUGUCGAUCGACACAAUGAGCAUCGCAACAGAAUAGCUGGGGGUGAAGUAAAAUUCAAAGGCGGAAAAAAAUUUCCGAAAGCCACUCGCAUGCGUGAAGUAAUCUGGGAUGACGAAUUAGCGUAUAUAGCCGGAAUCCAUGCAAAACGUUGUAAUAAGCAGCCCGAUGAUUGCCACAGUACUGAGAGGUUUCCAGGCUCCGGUCAAAAUCUGUAUAAGAAUGAAACAGGAAAACCAACGAUAGGAACCGAUAUGAUUGUAUAUGCAAUAGAUUUUUGGUGGGCCGAAUCUGAAUUGGUGGAUGAUGGCAAUGCUAUGGUCGACGAAUUUCCGAAAGGCAUUGGCGAACCGGAUAGGAGCGAUACCACCUCUUCAAUUUCCUUUGAUGUAUUUAUAGAUUAUGGAAAUGAGACAGCUGUGCAAGGCGAAUUGCCCAAAAAUCCGGACGCCUGGAAAAAGAUCGGUCGCUUCUCUGCAAUUGCAAACGAGCGUGCUGCUUUUGUUGGUUGUGGCUUGGCGGUAUGCCAUAACUCUACUUCUAACGCUUAUUGCAUACAUGUUACUUGUAAUUACUCACGCACCAAUGUAAUUGGUACUUUUAUGUACAAGAAAGGCAAUUCAUCAGCAUCAGAAUGUGAUUAUUAUGAAAGUGUUCCCAGUAGUAAAUAUCCGCAUCUUUGUAAAAAUACUGGCAAAAUUUUUGAAGAUGGUAAAUAAAUUUUCGUAUUGGCUAUUGACAAAUA